GGAGACUGUAGGAAGACACAUGCCAAAGUGAGUCUCAGUCCCUUGAGACACCUGCAAGAGGUAGAACACUGCAUGGCAAAGCAGCACUUGCCACAGGCACACCACUGGGUUUCUCUGGCAAGACUCUUCAGCAGCUUGCGGGGAAGAGUUUUAUCCCAGUCAGACAACUGUGCCUCAAAGUAUCAGGUUUUGCAUAAGGCUAAGACAUCUAUACAGAAGCUGGAGCAAACCUUGUGUUCUUUGCUGAAGAUGAAAGCAAGCUGCAGUCUGGAGGAUGGGAGCCCAUCCAGCUUGGAGGAAGUCAGGGAGGAAUAUGUCAGGAGGCAAUUUGGCAGUCACAGCACUACAUCAGCCUCAGAAGAUAUGAGUGAAAGUGACUCUGCCAUCUGGUAUUUGCUUCAAGAAUCUGAAAAACAAACAGUGGAAGAAUAUGAGAAGCCAGAAUUUAUUCAGUUUUCAGACACUUUAUCCCCAGAUCUAGUGGAAUUUGAACGAUACCUGUAUUUUUAUAAGCACACAGUGGACCUGCUGAUAGAGCAUGGGAUUGUUUGCACUGGAGAGGUGCCUCUUCCUGAGGUCUCCACAGCUAUUUCCCAUCUCUGGCAAGAGCUUUCUGAAGAGAGCAGGGACAGCAUCUUGCAGUACUGUAGCCAGAGAGAUUUCCUCAUGGAUCCCAAGGCUGCUUGCCCAGAGCCUGCUUGCACUGAAGGUAGUGUGAGGGACAGCGGAGGUAACAGUGAGGAAGCCAGUGGUUCCUCAGUCUCCACACCAGAGGAAGUGAUGUUUGAAGAUGCAUUUGAUGUUGCUGCUGGUUUCCUUGACAGAAGCAAGGCUCAGGGAAUGUCCAGCCAGAGUUCAGCAUUUGCAAGCUGCACUUCUGAAAAUCCAGAGAAUCACCAGAGACUCUAUCUGCAGGUCACUGACUUCCUGAAACACCUCUUCUUCACUAAUGCACAGUUUUGCCAGGAAGAAGAUCUUCACUAUGAUCAUGAGACCGUGAUGCUGCGGUGCACUGAGACCUUCGAUGAUGAAGAUUUCUAA